AAAUUCUAGUGUACUCUGAUGAUUUGUUUUCUCUGUGAUCCUGCAGUGAUUCUCCUUGCUCUGCCUGUUCGUCUGAUUUCUUUGAUUAUCCUUGACUAGCGUAAGGUUGCGUAAGGUUAUAUCGUCGAAUCUCGACUUCCCUGACGAUGUCAUUUGAAACAAAGUGUCAGUGAAAUAGAAAAGAAGAAGAAGUGCAAUCUGAUUGAGGCCAAUUGAAGAACAUGACUUCAGUUCAGGAAAGGUUGAAGCUUAAAAGGGCUCAGAUAGACACUUGGUCUAUCAGGGAGCAGCUAUGUUUAGCUUCGUCUGUCCUGCGAAGUGGCGAUCAAAAUUGGAUGUCAGUGAGCCGAUCUUUAAAAGCGUUUGGAGACCCUGGACGUCCUCCUGACUGGUUUUCUCAGAAGAGUUGUGCUGUACAGUAUUCAAAUUUGUUGGAAAAUGUAGAAACUCCAAAGAGGAAGAAACGGACAGAUAAGGGUGACUCAAGUGUGGAGACACCUAGUGAAAGCAUUGUUAGAAGACUUACCCAGGAACGCAUUGAAGAACUCAAACGUUUGUUGAAUGAAAGAAGACAAACGUAUGCAAAGUUAAAGGAAGAAGUUAUGCUUGUGAAAUCUGGUAAUGCUGAUGACAAGCUUUCUGAAAUGUGCCAAGAAAUUGAAGAGGAGAAACGUCAGAAGGAGAGAAAAGCUGAAGCCCAUGAGCGUUGGUUAAAGGAGCGAGAAGAAAAGAAAGUUGAAUUGGAAAGAGCGUGGAAACCACCAGUUGCUCCAGCAUCACCUCAUAGAAGGAAGCAUCAUCCCAAAAUACAUCGGCGUAAUAGUAGUCAAUCUGAACCAAGCAGUGAGGCAGAGAGUGCUUUAGAUAGCCCACUAAGUGAACCUCUUAAUGUUGAUGUAAUUGGUGAAGAAACUGUUCAAGAAGCUACAGUUGAACCCGAACCUUCUCAAACUCCAACUUCACCAUUACUUACCAGUCUUCUUAAAAGUCCCUCGCCAGCACCCGCUUCUCAGGGAUCUUCAAUUUUACAUUCAGCCAUUACAUCACAUCGUGGGGCUUCACCCACUAUUACUAGUCUUUUGAGCUCAGCACCUGGAGUGCCUGGUACAGGAAACAUGGUUACUGUUGCUCCACCUACCACAGUGUCAUCAAGUCUCAAGAAUUUGGUGUCCAGCGCUAUCAGUUCUGAACAACCUCAUCACCAGCCUCCUCCACACAAUCCAUCUCCUGCAGCAGGCGCUCCCACACUGUCCAUGUUGCUUGAACUGCCGCCCAGCUUGCCUGGCAAGCCUCUGCCUGAACUGCCUAGUGCUGCCAAAACCACCACUUUACCUCCUAGCACUGUGUCCGCCAUUGUGUCUACAGCUAUCACUCCUGUAGUUACCACAGCAGCUCCUAAGAUUGUAGCAGUGAGGGCAGUUACAACUGCUGCAGCUCCAACAACAUCAAAAAUCACAUCUUCAGUCUCUGCUAGUGACAGUAAUGAAGUUCAAUCAUCAACUGAAGAAGUGAAAAUAGCAGACAGUACUAGCAGAGAUGAUGACAUAGAAGUACUACAAGUUGAUUCGACUCAGAAUUCUGUUGAUGCUCAUCAAAUGCCCAUUGAAACAAAAGAAGAGCUAAUUGAAGAAGUUCUAAUUGAAGAGGUGGUUGUGAAUGAUGAUUCAGUAAUUGAGUCUGAACUACUCAACUCCCAAAUUUCUGAUGUUGUUGUGACUACAGAACAAGAGGAUAUUAAAGAAAAACCAAAUAAAGAUGCAGAAGAAAUAAAACUUGAAGAACCUUUCAUUGAAGUAUCACAAUCUGCUGAAGUUGAGACACGGAAAGAAGACAUCAAAACUGAAAUGGUAGCAGAUGUUGAUAGCACAAGUAAUUCGGAAUUGCCAAUAAAUGUUGAAAGUACAAAUGUUACAGAAGAAAAGAAUAAUAAAGAUGAAUGCAUUGAAGCUAUAAUCGAAACAAAUUCACAGGAACUAGUUUCGGAAAUAGUGACAGAAGAAACUUCAGGGGUGGAAGUGGUACCUGCUACAGAAGAAGAAUUGACGUCAGGGGCAGUUGCUGAAGUAAUUGAAAUCACAGAUGACCAAGAUACUACAAUACAAACUGAAGUUGUGGACGAGUGUGGACCUUGCAUGCAGGAGCUUGAGGAUAUGGAAGUAAUUAUUCUAGAUAAAGUCCAGGGAUUGGAUGAAGUUCAGAUUGUAGAAGAUAUGAAAGAACUAGAAUGUGAGGUUGUUGAAGUUGUAAUGGGGACACAGGAAAAAGUAGAUGAUGAAAUGAAAGAAGAUUCAGGGGGACUAGUAAAUGAUUCUGUUAAACCUGAAGAUGUAACCUCUGUAGAGUCAUGCUCUGAAGUGAGUGACACCAUGAUUGAAUGCAAAAGUACAGAAGGUGUUGAUGAUGCUAACAAAAGCAAAUCUGGUGUUUCAGCUACUGCACAGGCAGAAGAAAAUGGGGAUACCGUUUCAGAAAAAGUUGAAGAGGAUGUUCUCAAUGAUGACAUUCCAUCAGUGGAAGAAGAGGUUGAGGAGGAAGAUGACAAGCCUGAGAGUGUCUCUGGUGUAGUGUCCACUGAGAAUGGUUACGAAAUUGAAGAUAGUAGUGAACCACGUGAAAUAAUCGUUGAGAGAUCAAUAAUUGUUGAAGAAGUUUAUGAGGAAGAGAAAGUAGAGGAAGAGGGGGAAGAGGAUCCUGAGAAAGAAGAGUUGUCAGAGGAUGUUCAACAGGAUGUAAUAGUGAGUACCUCCGACUCACCUGUUGAGUUGGAAUCUAGUGGAGUUUUGGAUAUUAAAGAAUCAGAGAAUAAAGAUGCUGAAGAUAUUCAAGUUUGCGAAGUGGAAGAGAAAGUUGUGGAAGAAGAAGAUGCAAAAGAUGUUAUUGAAGAGACAGAAGAAGUUGUUGAUCAAGACUCUCCAUUGCAAAAUACUGAUUUGAAGGAAGACAAAAAACAAUCUAUGAAGAAAGAAAGUACUCCAGAAUGUGUUGAAAGUACUCCAGAAUAUGAUGUCGAGAAGGACCUAAGUAAUAAAGAAGAAUUAAAGAAAGACAUCAAAGAAUCCCAGAGAGCUGAGAAAGAUAUACCACCAGAACCAACUGAAACAAAUGAUACACAUAACAAGAACCCAGUGCCUAAAGAAACUGGAAGGAAAGAAGUUACUGAUGAUAUAAAGGACGAUAUUUCAACAAAAGAACAGAAAGAACCCAUGGGCGAUGAUAAGAAUCUGCCAAAAGCAGAUCAUGAAAGUGAUGAUAUACCAAAAGAUGAAGGGAAGGUAUCUAAUAAGGAUGUUCCUAAGAGAGAUUUACAAAAAAGCAUUGAAAACAGCAAGAAAGUAACAAAAGAACCACAUAAGAAAGAUGUAGAGAAGGUUAACAUUAAAGAAAAGGAUGUUUCCAAGAAAGAAAAUCUAAAGAAAGAUAUACAGUCUCCUUCAAAAGAAAUGGUAAAAGAGUUGAAUGUCAAAGAAAUAAAAAAAGAUACAGAAUCAAAAGAUAGUAAUAAAAAAGAAGUUCAAAUUGUGCUUUCGAAAGACUCUGUCAAAAAUGAUGUGCAAUUGGAGAGGGAUAUAAAGAAACCUAUUCCUUCUAAAGAAAUUCCUAAAAAAGAGACACCUAAACGAGAAAUUCCUGCUAAUAAAAAAGACCUUUCUGUUUCUAAAAGAGACAUUCCUGUUUCGAAGAAAGAACUUUAUUCUGCCAAGAAGGACCUUCAAGUAAAGGAGGGACCAAAAGAAGUUCCUAACAAACGAGAACUAUUGAGAAGAGACAGCAAAGAGGAUAUUUCUAAAAAGGAAGUAUUAAAGCGUAAUAUAACAAAAGAAGAAAAGAGAGAAUCAUUAAAAGAUGAUCUCAGGAAGAAACCUCAUAUCCGAGAGAUAACAAAACAUCUUAAAAAGGCAGAUAAUGAAGCUAAAGGCAAUGAUACUAUUAAACCUGAACCAGUGGCCAAGGUUGAAAAGAAUAAAAAAGAAAGUGAAUCCUUGAAGGAAGAGAGUAAAGAGGUCAAACGUGACAAACUUGGUAAAGACAGCUCACAAAAACAGGAAGAUAAAAGUAAAGAUGAACAGCCUUUGAAAGAAUCAAAGAUAAUUGGAAAUAGUACAAAAUUGAAAUCUUAUGGAGAUGAAAUUAAACCAACAUCCAUAAUUGAAAAGAAAGAUGGAAAAGAACUCAAAGAAAUUGAAAAGUCUGAAACUGUUCCAAAGCAAGAAUCACUUGAACAUUCUGAAGAGAAACCUGAGAAACGGCCACAACUUCGGUCUGAAACACCUUCCACCGAAGAUGAUAAAACAAAUGAUGCUGAGCCUCCUAAAGUUAUUGGGAGGAAACGAUUAGCUGCUGUUAAUGUUCUGGACUCGGUUCCAAAUAGUCCAGCAUCUACAACUGAUGAAGAACGUGAAUAUAAGUCUUGGAAGAAAUCCAUUAUGCUUUUAUAUGGGCUAUGGGCGGCUGCAACACACAAAUCAUGCCUCAUUGUUCCUACGACCAUAAAAGAUGAUCAAGCUCCUGGAUAUAAGCAGUGUUGUUCAUAGACCUAUUGAUUUGUUGACAAUAAAGAAAAACAUUGAGACUGGUGUCAUUCGGACCACUGCAGAAUUUCAGCGUGAUGUAAUGUUGAUGUUCCUUAAUUCAAUAAUGUACAACAAAAGUAACCAUUUGGUGCACAAAAUGGCUAAACAAAUGCAACAGGAAGGAAUGCAACAUAUUCAGGAUUUCAUAACUACUCAAAUGUUGGUGCAGUUGUUGGGGGAUGGAGUUCCAAUUCGACUGAAGACGCCCGCAACGAAAACUGAACAGCCAGAUAAAGCAACGAGAAACAUUUUGGGGGGACAAUCCUAGCAGUGUUCCCAACCCAGGAUGAAAGUGAAAGUGUCCAGCUUCACAAACGGAAACGCAAUGCUGCGUCUGAUUCUUCAGAUAGAGGAUUUAAAAAGAAAAAGGUGGACGAGUGAGGCUAAUGGAGUUUAUCAAGAUAUAUGUUGUACAGAUUUAGAAUUUUAAUUAUAUUUGAUGAAAUUAUUUAUGUUAAGAUGUGUUUAAAAAGUUUGUUUCUUCAUAUUUCUAUAAAAUGUGAAGAGAGUACUUCAAGAAUUUGUAUGGUGCAUUAAAUGUCAGACAUUCACAUUUCAAUUUCAAGUUUUAAUUUCAUUUUGUAAUGACAAUGUUGUAGAUUGAGUGGAAGGGAAUCGUAUAUUUUAAUUUGUAAGAGAAUCAAAUUACUUUUUUUUGUACAAAUUUUCAAUAAAAUUUAUACUACAUUUUGGGAACAAGGACUAUUUAUUAAUAAUUUAUUUGAAAGUACGUCUCACUUGAAUGAUGUUAUGUAGAAAGUGAACAACGUACAAAAAUGUAAAAAUUAAGCAAUGGCACUUUCUAGACAGCUGAGCAACAUUUCUUUGAUAUUCACAAUGCAUCCAAGCAAGGUUUGUGUUGUGCUGAUCUUUGGAAGCAGAAAAUCUAAACC